UCAAACAAACUGGGCUGGGCAAUCGAAGUUGGGACAAUUUACGGAGGUUUCUGUUGCCGGAUAGUCGACGACAAUAAGGAUAUGUAUACAGCUAAUAUGCAUAGCAUCCUAUCUUUGUGUCAUUUAGCGUAGUAAGGAGUCUAUCCAUGUCAAAUAAUAUUCUACUUAUACGAGGAGUUUAAUGUAUUUCGCUAGAAAAUUGAACCUUAACUGAAAACAAACUAACGUUACCCUCCCUAUUUGAACUGAGGAUGAUUUUUGCUAAUACUGGAAACCCACUAAGGACUCCGUAUCGCAAACAGUAGUUUCGCACCUUGCUGCAGUGAUGUACAAGUGUACUCCAGGGUCUAUCAGUACACUGUGACAUCAGAAGCACACUUCUGACGACACCCAACCACACCCAUUAGGGAUGCCGGUUGUGGUCAGAGCCAUCUGUUGCCUCAUCAUCACACCCCAUGGCUCCACCCAGCCCAAGCAACAAUAGCAGCAGCAGUAGCACUACAGGUUGGGACCAGCUCAGCAAAACAAACCUCUACAUCCGAGGCCUGUCCCCUUCAACCACAGACCAUGACCUGGUCAAGCUCUGUCAGCCGUAUGGCAAAAUUGUGUCAACAAAGGCCAUCCUGGACAAGACUACAAACAAAUGCAAAGGAUAUGGAUUUGUGGACUUUGACAGCCCCACUGCAGCUCAGAAAGCUGUGGCUGCCCUGAAGACCACUGGUGUCCAAGCUCAGAUGGCAAAGCAACAGGAACAAGACCCGACAAACUUGUACAUCUCCAAUUUGCCUAUGUCAAUGGAUGAGCAGGAACUGGAGAACAUGUUAAAGCACUUUGGCCAGGUCAUCUCCACACGCAUCUUGAGGGACUCCAGUGGAGGCAGCAGAGGAGUGGGCUUUGCAAGGAUGGAGUCAACUGAAAAAUGUGAUGCAGUCAUUUCUCACUUCAAUGGAAAGUUUAUUAAGACACCUGCAGGUGUUCCAGCACCAUCUGAACCUUUGCUGUGCAAGUUUGCUGAUGGUGGACAGAAAAAGCGACAAAGUCUGAAUAAAUUUGCCCUGAAUGGUCGCGGUUGGGGAAGGGACAUUGACUCCAGACUGGCCGGAAUGACACUCACAUAUGACCCCAGUGCAGCUGCUAUGCAAAAUGGAUUUUUCCCACAGGCAUACAGUAUUUCAAACCGGAUGAUUGCUCAAACGUCCAUGUCUCCUUACAUGUCUCCAGUUUCAACAUACCAGGUGCAGAACCCAUCCUGGAUGACUCAUCAACCCUACAUUAUGCAGCACCCAGGUACUGUGAUAUCGCCCUCUAUGGACCCAUCUAUGUCACUACAGCCUACUUCCAUGAUGGCCCCUCUUGCACAGCAGAUGAGUCACCUCUCUAUGGGCAAUGCAGGAACGUUUAUGGCCGCAAACGCAUCUAUGCAAGGAGCAUAUAUCCCACAGUAUGCCCACAUGCAGACAUCAAAUGUUCCUGUAGAGGAAAAUGGUGCACAGUCACAAGACUCAUCCAGCAAUCAUUCCCCAUAUUCCUACCAACAAACCAAGUAGUGCUGAGGUAACAUUUGGACAACUGCUAAAACAAUCAUGUCUACAAAUGCAACGGAUGCUAAGGAUCUUUUCACUGUUUUGCACAGGUUCUGCAAAUGUUUAAGUGAGACUAUUUUUGGUAUCAUUGUCAUCAAAUGAUUUGAAUUAUAUAUAUAUAUAUAUAUAUAUAUAUAUAUAUAUAUAAAAGUUUUAAAAAGUUUUAUUUUCAUACUAGAAAAUGUUUAUUUUUUACCAAGAAUUGCCGCAGGAUCCAAGGAAGACUAGUUGUUAAAGUGCAUGAUAGUAAAUAUAUGUCUUUUGUUAAUAUUUCCAGAUUUCUUUUUCUUCUGAAGACUUUUUUCAGUCAGACAUUUUGAAAAUAAUGUUUUUGUGCUUGCUGUGUGAGUGUUGCUAUGGUGAAGUGUUAUGUGUUGUUUUCUUGUAAAGUGAUUUCUCUUAGUAAUUUAGAUUGAUCUUGCUGUCUGAUUAAAAUUUGCCUUCAUAGUUUUGAUACAGUAGUUGUACAAAAAACACCACAGAGAGCAGCAAUAAGCAAAAAAAAUGUUAUGAGCUAUUGCCUUGCCUUGCCUAUGUAGGACUUUUUUUUUUUAAGGAGAUCAAUGUGUUGUUGCUUUUCCCCCUCCCAAAACUGCUAGAAAAGUAGAAGAAAUUUUAGAUUUGAAAUCAAAUGUCUCCACAUCUGAUAAUUUUAUUGGAUGUAAUAUUUAUUAGUAAGAAUACCUUACAUGUUUCUGGAUGUUGGAAUGUGUUACAUUUUGAAUCUUGCCUUGUUGAUUAUUUUAGAAUAGCCGAAAUUGAACUUGGCAGGGUGGGGAAAUGAGAAGGGCAAAUGUAUUUUGUUUGUCGGAUGUGUUUUUUGUCUUUUUUGGGUGAUGUUAAUUGUUAUUUUGAUGGGGUGUGUCUUUUUCAUUUUUAUUUGAAAAAACUAACAGGAAAACAGACUUAUGAUUGUGCAAAAAAGAAAAACUCAUCAAAGCCUUGUAAUAGAACUUAGGGCAAUAGUUCAGCGAGUUGGGGGGGGUAAUAUUAGAUGUGUGUAUGUUAUUGAACCUCGCUCUUUAAUAGGAAACAAACAAACUAGGCACUUUCAAUUGUAGUUUACUUCACCAAAGAUUGUGAGCUAGUACACUGAGGAAAUUGUCUGUCUCUUUAACCAGGACACAAGUGACUCUGCGAACUAGAUUGCAGUUUGGACAGUGUGCCUUUUUUGUACAAUUACAUUCAGUUUUAUUAGGUAAUUGUACAGUACGGACACGCACAAGCAUGAAGGAAGGCCUGGAUCCAACAAGUGCCACACAUUAAUUUCAUACUUGCAGAAUAAUGGAAAUUGUAACAUUAUAGUAAAAUAAAUUAAACUAUGAAAGGACAGUGCUAUGAAAAGUCAGAUAAUUUUUUUAACAGUGGAUUACAGCAGGCUUUUUGAUUAUGGUAUCCUCCAAUGAGCCUGUGAUUCGACCUGGUGGUCAAUCAGACCAGUUAUCUACCUCAGAGUUUUCUUUCUCCUCUGUACUAGGUCGGGUUAGCAGGUCCAGCCCGCCCUUCCAGACCAAACGCCACGCUCAGGAGCUGGCCACAUACAGCUGUUUCCUUAUAGGUUGUUUUGAAUACUUUGGGAUUUUCUUCAAACCAAUUUUUUUAUGAUGUAUUGUUGUAAUCAUUAGGGUGGGCAACAACAUGUUUCUACUCAUGUUCACACAUUCAGUUUCAGUUUUAAAAGAGCUGCUGCUUUUAUGGCAAUAAAUUCCAGAGCAGGGUUCAAAAUAAGCAAUAUCCACUAGCCAAAUGCUGGUAAAAUAUGCAAGUGGCUGGUAGAUUAGUUCCGCUCACCAGCCAAAAAAAACAACAAUGGUAAUCUAUUGAGUGGCUGGUAAAAUGUGAACAUUCACUAGCCAUUUGGCUGAUGGACGACAAAGUUAAUUUUGAAUCCUGUUCCAGAGGCUGAUUUAAAAUGUUAAAGACCAAUAAUGACAACAAAGCGUUGUGGUGUUCAAUGGAUCUGUGCUCCUUUUAAACAAACAUGCUUGUUGCUUUGUCGAGGGUCUAGAUGUAUUCGCAGCAGCAUUUCCUCUGUAGUUAGCUCGAGUGUGCAACAAAUGUAAAGGGUCGCUGUGAUUGUACUUGAGAUUUCUGUGUAAUGCCUGAGACUGAGAAGUAAUACUGUCUUGUGAGGUUAAUGCUGCUAGUGGUGUCUGAACCAUGUGCCAUAGUAUCUGGGUCAAGAGUUGCAGAGGUGCACAUAAGAAGAAUUGCUCAUAUAAGUAACCACCAUUUUGAACAGUCAUUAAGUUAUAUGAAAAAAGUUCUAAUUUAUGAAGAUUGUUGUACAGACAGCUUGAGGAAAUAAGAGAUUUUCAUGGAGCUAUA